UUUUUCACUUAGGUGGUGAAGGUGCAACAGUAAUCGGUCGUCCCGAAUCCGGGUUCAUCCGACACCCUCACCAAUUCAAGCCGAACUGAGCUCAACUUCAACAAAGACAUCAUGCCUCCUAAAUUCGACCCCAACGAAAUUAAAAUUGUGUACAUGAGGUGCACAGGUGGAGAGGUUGGUGCUACCUCAUCUUUGGCACCCAAAAUUGGACCUCUGGGUUUGUCUCCCAAGAAGGUGGGUGAUGACAUCGCCAAGGCCACAGGUGACUGGAAGGGUCUGAGGAUCACAGUCAAGCUGACCAUCCAGAACAGACAGGCGGCAAUCGAGGUGGUGCCCUCUGCCUCUGCCCUCAUCAUCAAAGCCCUGAAAGAACCACCACGCGACAGGAAGAAGGUCAAGAACAUCAAACACUCCGGAAGCGUUCCGUUUGAUGAGAUCGUCAACAUCGCCCGGGUCAUGAGGCCUCGCUCCAUCGCCAGGGAACUCUCUGGAACCAUUAAGGAGAUCCUUGGGACAGCUCAGUCUGUGGGCUGCACCAUUGAUGGACGACUCCCUCAUGAUGUCAUUGAUGACAUCAACAGCGGGAAGCUUGAGUGCCCCUCUGAGUAAAACAGGACGGAAGAAGCAAGAUAAAUAAAAACUGUUUUGGAAAAA